GCGUGUGUGGGUGUUCCUGUUGGCUGUAAGUACACGUCAGCAGUAGAGACCUCCUCACGAUCUCAUUUGUUUCUCUUCCUGGUUUCAACUUCACCGCACAUGACACUUUAUCCGAUGCCCGCGCGUAACGGGAACGAUCCGGAGCACAACGCGCACAUCACGGCACAUGAAACACUAAAACAUGAGAUUCCGACUGUUGAAAAAGAACUUUAUUGCGGUCGUCGCCCUCCUCGCCGUCUUGUUAACGUUGUUUUACAUCAUGCUCGGGACUAAAGUUGUCGGGAGUGAGGAGGGGGUCACGCAGACGGCCAAGUUCGACUACGGCACCAUCAUUAGUAUGCGCACUUCAGUGUAUGACAGCAACUUCAAACAGUUGAUUCAGAACGGAGAGCGCUUCCCGUCGGAGCCGGAGAUGGUCAUCGCGGUACAGGUGCACAACAGACCGGCGUACCUUCAAAUGCUCAUCCGCUCUCUGGAAAACGUGAAAGGCAUCGAAAAAGCGCUCGUCAUAUUCAGUCACGAUUACUUUUCCGAGGAGAUUACGCAGAUGGUGAAGGAAAUCGCCUUCUGCAAAGUUCUGCAGAUCUUUUUCCCCUACAGCACGCAGCUGUAUCCCGCCGAAUUCCCGGGACAGGACCCUCGAGAUUGUCCGAGGGACAUGCCUAAAGCGGACGCGCUCCGUGCGGGCUGCUCAAACGCGGAGCACCCGGACUCGUACGGACACUACAGGGAAGCGUCCAUCACGCAGACCAAACAUCACUGGUGGUGGAAGCUGCAUUUCGUGUUCGAGCGGGUGAAGGUUCUUCGGGGCUACAAAAGAUUCGUGGUGUUCGUCGAGGAGGACAACUACCUUCUCCCUGACUUUCAUCACUUCUUCCACGCUAUGGUGGAACUCAGGAAAAUCGACUGCGCGGACUGCGACGUCCUCGCGCUGGGCAAUCACAAAGGCACGUCAGACUUUAGCGAGCUUUCCUCCAAAACGGAGACGGCGGGCUGGAUGUCGACCAAGCACAACAUGGGAACGGGCAUCUCCAGAGAGCUCUACUACAAGCUGAUGGGAUGCAACAAUGAGUUCUGCACCUACGACGAUUACAACUGGGACUGGACGCUGCAGAAUCUGUCUGGCACGUGCAUCUCCAAGCCUCUCAAGGUUCUGGUGGCUCUUGGGAGUCGGGUCCUUCACACGGGAGAUUGCGGCCUGCAUCAGAAAGACGAGUGCCGGCCCGAGGUGGCUCAGCAGAGGGUGGACGAAGCCCUCCGACAAACCGAAUCCGCGCUUUUUGUUUCACAGCUCGCCAUCAAGGCUCAAUCGCCGGCCGAACAUCAACCUCACAUGAAGAACGGAGGCUGGGGGGACGUGCGUGACCACGCGCUUUGCGUCAAUUACGCUGCUCGACUGUGAGCCGGGGUUCAUGUUUAAAUCACAAGUGCCAUUCAGAACAUCAGGGUAGCCCUGAACUUUGCUUCCACCAAAAAGAGGAAAAUGAUAGGAGCCGUAGCGUUUGAUUGUGUGUGUGUGUGUGUGUGUGUGUGUGUGUGCGUGUGUGUGCGUGCGUGCAUGCGUGCAUGCGUGCGUGUGUGUGUGUGUUUUUAAGAGGGAUAGAGGGAUACAUGUCAUGAACAUAAUAUCACAACAUUGGUCCUGAAAAAUAACUUUUCUUUUUUAGUUAGUGUUGGGAUGGAAAUGACUUGGAACACGUGAGAUUCAUGCAAAUGCAAGCAAAUCACAACUUCACCACUCGCUUGAUUUCUCUGAGACUGUUGUAAACGGUCAUGUUCAGAGUUAGUUUUGGUUCAUUUUGUGCAUUGAUUUCUCUUCAGCAGACUUUUGUGUUUGUCCAAUCAGAUUGAACGCAUUGCAGUGCAUUUUCUCAUAAUACAAUAAACAAGAUCUGGAUAUUAUUCCAUGGAAAUAAUAAAGUGUGUUCUUUACAACAAUGAGCAAUUUUGGCAGAACCUUCACAAAAGGGUUUUUAGACUAAAGAAAGAAAAGAAAAUGAAUGAAAUAGAAAGAAUAAAGUAUCCAGACCUUGCUUAUUGUUUGUGCCUUCUUUUAGCAAAAGUUGAGCUAUAAACACAUUUAACAACGACAAUGUAAAUGUAACCGUGUCUUCCGCUCCUAUAGCAGUUUCUAAUGGGAAACAUCGAAACUGUUGUUUGUUGUUUACUUGUUUUUAUUUUUGUUGGGAUGGUUUUGGUGGUUUGUAGAUGUGAGACUCCACUAGGUCAUUGCUUAAUUUUAUCGUGCCUUAGAGAAAACAUUCAAUCAUUUCCAUAUAGGUAUUUGCAUUAUGUUCCUGCUUCGCUGUCGCCACUUUUCCUUAUUUGUGUUUUAUUUCUUUCACAAACAAUCAGGUGAUGAUUCUGAGUUUAGACGUUUUUGUUUUUCUGUUGUCUAAUAACUUCUAAAACACGAAUGGUCACACAGAAAUGCAGUUUACCACUCACUUUUAUGUACGUUUAAAGCUUAUAUCUGCUUUUGAAUAAUGCAGGUGGGUUCCAGAAAUGCACCCAUCAUUACUGAGAACUGUUUGCAAUGUUUUUCUUUUCCUGCAUUUUGCAGGACAUUCGGGUCAAAGCAAAACAAUCAGCGCUUCAUUCCUAAGAGUCAAGCGUUAUAUUUACAGUCUUGAUGUUUAGCUAGAAAGUAAUAUUCACCUGUGUGCCUUGUUUGAAAGCAUAAAAUGUUGGCUUUCAUUUUGUUAGCGUGUUUGUAUCGUAUGUUUUUUUCAUGAUGGGAAGGAAAGUCGGUUUCCCUUCUGCGUCCUCUCUGUGGUUUCCGUCAUAUUUUAAGGGAGGAAAAACUGACAUCCUCAAAUGAGUUGCCAAACUUGAUUCUUUUGUGGAAAAUGAUUUAUCGAGACAUAGCUGCACAUCUGAAUGUUUCUGUGUGCGAGUAAGAGAGAUUGUUUGCUAUUGUAAUGUUAUGAACGGGUAAGAUAUAAUAGCUUUAGUUUUUCCUAAAACAGAUGAUGAUAGCAUCACUAUACAAGCCAUAUUCAAAUGUCUUGAAGCUUUGAGGCGAAGAAUCAUUUGUCAUUGAGGCAUAUGAAAUAUGUACACGUGUGUCACAUCUGUGUACUGAUGGACCAACGCUGUUGUUCAUUCAAAAAUGAUAAAAAUAAUGUUCUUGUUUGCUGUCUGAUUUGGGUAAUGUUAAAGGGAUAAUCCUUUUAAUCCUUAAGGAUUUGUAAUUCUUUUCUUGGCUGAUUCUCUACUUGCGCGUUUCACAAGCAUAAGUCUGUCAUUUUAAUUGGCAUUUUAAGACUGUAGUUUGUAAAUAAUAUACUAGAUGUAUCA